CUGUUAGUAUCACCUCAGUAUUUUGCAGGUUGUUUGAAAAAAUUGUUAAAAGAGUCAUUGUGCAUCAUUAGAGACCAAGCAAGUUCUAUCCAGACAUCAGCAGGGUUUAGAGAAAAGAGGUCGACUGCAACACUUAUGUUAGAGACACUAAAUGAUUGGACAGCUGUACUGGACGUUAGAAGCUAUCUUGAUGUCAUCUGUUUUGAUUUCCAAAUAGCUUCCGACAAAGUUAUCCAUUCUAUUUUGCUUCACACACUCGUGAAAAAUCAUCAAAUGGAUAAAAAAUUCUUGAGAGAGCGAACUUUCCAAGUCAAAAUCGGUACUUCACUGCCUAAAGUUCAAAGUGCACCAAGAAGGGUCCCCCAAGGCAGCGUCCUAUCUCCAGUAUUAUUCAAUAUUUACACUUUCGAUCUGCCGCCUUCAGUGGAGAAGUUAGGUCUGAGAGUCCAAGAGAUUCCUGAAAUAUCCAACGAUCCGAAGAACAGCGGGUGCUGGCUCUUGGACAUAGGCGAUCAGUGA